CUGUUGCCAUGGUGAGCGGUGGGGCCUAGUCCUACUGUAAAGCCCCGGGAUGCCGCAGGACGUUUCCCGUCCAGGUUCCGUUCCUCAACUCCGAUCCUUUAACAGCCGCCAGCCGGUGCAGGUUGUGUUCUGUAACCGGAGUACGCGCACCGUGCAGCCCAUAUGGGUCAAUUUCCAGGGGGAUCCGCAGUCUUACCCGACACUCCCAGCGGGUUCGGGCCGUCGGAUGAACACCUACCUCGGGCACAUAUGGCUAUUCCGAGAAGCUGAAACAGAUGUGGGUCUCAUGGUUAACAAGAAGGAGGUUUAUGUGCCCAAUCCAAACGUAAAUGGACAGCCCGCUCUUGUAAAUAUCUCACUGCCAGUUUUUAGUCUGAAAGAGCGUUGUCUACAAGUUGUCAGGAGUCUUGUGAAACCAGAGGACUACCGAAAGCUGGAAAUAGUGGUUUCUUUGUAUGAAGAUCUAGAAAACCGUCCCGAUGUUGCGAAAGACUUACGCCGGCUGGCAGUCGGUUUCUGGGAACAAACGAGAGGAUCAGACUCGGAAACAUGAAAACAAAGGCUCACAUCGAAUCCCAGAUUAAUGGAAACCCAGUACGGCAAGCUGAAUGGCAUUUCUGUGAAAGUGCUCAGGACAGACCUUAUGCAAAAGAAUCUUGUAGGGGACCAUGUAUUAUAAAGCAUUAUAUCUAGAAAAUACAGUUUUCAGAUCUUUAACUUGUUUCAAUGUAUAAACAAAGGGUUAAGUUUUAUUUCUAGCAGUUACUUUGUCCCUGCAAUUCUUAAAUAGCAAGUGAUUGCAAAGGUGGUUUUAUAUAACACAGUACAGGGAGGUCAGGCAACAUUCAGGUAAUGCUCAGAAACACGCAGGGAAUGUAGUGUUUACAUAACUGUGACGUCGCCUUAAUACAAUAAAGUCGAUGCAACGUUUUAUUUUAAAAA